AUGUCUUUUUACUUGAUUGAGAGUAAGAGAAAUAUCCGACUUAAGGCAACUGAACGGGGGUUCUCAUUCUCUAACUUCUCGUCCACCACAAUUGUCUCCCAUCCCAUGACUUCAAGUAACCUGAUCUUCGGCAAGCCGGUGAUGCUCCAGGGUCUUCACGGCAAAACGCUCUUUAGCCCGGGAGGAGCCGAAGCCCUGCUCUCAAAGUCUGUCGAAGGAGAGGACGCUUGCGUGCAGCUGCUUCGAAACGACGACGGCACCGUGUCGAUCCAGUCGAUGCGCAAUAAACUUUUUCUGAGCGCACGCGAAGUUGAAGAUGAUGACGAUGACGACGAUGAAGAGCUUCCGUGCCGCUUUGAUGCAACUGAGGUCGGCGAACUCCAGAGUUUCCGUGUGAAACUCGUUGAGAAUUGUGCAUUUGUCCUGAAAUGUGAGGAAAACGGUUUCCACCUCGAACGUAACAAGAGUCAAGUGGAGUGCAGCGACUAUUAUGAUGAGAAGCAUGAAGCGAUCCAGUGGACGCUAAAGGUCCCUGCUUGGGAAGCUUCCGCUCAAGCUGCGCUGCCUAGUGAAGCGAGUAUUCCUGACGCAGUCCCCGCUCAAGUUGUAACGGAUUCACAGGUGAUGGCGAUCUCGUACGGCGGCCUGGAGAAAGAAGCGCUCGACAAGCGUCACGAGACAAUUGUGCAGAUGGUGAUGGCGGGUAAGUCGGUGCAGUACAUUGACGACAUCCUCACGCGGCUGUACGGUUCGCCGCUGGCAAAUGGGAACAAGGUUCUUCUAAACUAG